GAAGUCAAGAUGGCGGCCCACAUGUCCCGGUGUAGGUCUUGGAGUCGUGUUCAAAGGUGUGGUAUUGCGGCCUACAGGAAGUACAGCAGCGGUGGAGGCUACCCCAACAUUUCGCUUUCUUCGCCACUGCCCGGAAUCCCCAAGCCCAUGUUUGCAUCUGUGGACGGGAAGGAAAAGUAUGAAACCCGGAUAACCGUGUUAGAAAAUGGCCUCAAGGUCGCUUCACAAAACAAGUUUGGGCAAUUCUGUACUGUUGGAAUAUUAGUCAACUCCGGAUCCAGACAUGAAGCAAAGUAUCCCAGUGGAAUAGCACACUUCUUGGAAAAACUUGCUUUUUCUUCCACAGCUCAGUAUGGGAGUAAAGAUGAGAUUCUGCUCACACUGGAGAAACACGGAGGGAUUUGUGAUUGCCAAACAUCCAGGGACACCACCAUGUAUGCGGUGUCUGCCGAGGUGAAGGGCCUGGACACGGUGGUCAGCCUUCUGGCCGACGCCGUCCUCCAGCCUCGCCUGCUGGACGAAGAGAUGGAGAUGACCAGGAUGGCGGUUCGAUUCGAGCUGGAGGACCUGAACAUGCGGCCGGACCCCGAGCCUUUACUCACCGAGAUGAUUCAUGCUGCGGCGUAUCGGGGGAACACGGUGGGACUUCCCCGCUUCUGCCCGUCGCACAACGUGGACAAGAUCGACAAGGGGGUGCUGCACAACUACCUGUCUGCCUACUACCGGCCCGAGCGCAUGGUCCUGGCCGGAGUCGGUGUGGAGCACGAGCGGCUGGUGGCGUGCGCUCGCCACUACCUGCUGGGCGUCCGGCCCGUGUGGGGCGACGGCGUGCCGGCCCCCGUCGACCGCUCCGUGGCGCAGUACACGGGCGGCAUUGUCAAGAUGGAGAAGGACAUGUCUGACGUGAGCCUCGGGCCGACGCCCAUACCUGAACUCACGCACAUCAUGAUCGGGCUGGAGACGUGCUCCUUCCUGGAAGACGACUUCAUCCCGCUGGCGGUUCUCAACAUGAUGAUGGGUGGCGGCGGCUCUUUCUCGGCGGGAGGACCCGGCAAAGGCAUGUUCACGCGCCUCUACCUCAACGUCCUCAACAGGCAUCACUGGAUGUAUAACGCAACGUCGUACCAUCACAGCUACGAGGACAGCGGCCUGCUGUGCAUCCACGCCAGCGCCGACCCCCGACAGGUCGCCUCCGACUUCUGUCACAAAUCUAACGCAUUAUGUUCAUACUUACUUCAACUCGCUCCUGCAGGUUCGCGAAAUGGUGGAGAUCAUAACACGGGAGUUCAUUCAGAUGACAGGAAUGGCAGGAGAGGUUGGAGCAUGGAGUUGGAGCGAGCCAAGACGCAGCUGAAGUCCAUGCUGAUGAUGAACCUGGAAGCCCGGCCAGUCAUCUUUGAGGACGUCGGCCGCCAGGUGCUCUCCACGGGCAAGAGGAAGCUGCCGCAUGAACUCUGCUACGCUCAUAAGCGAGUGACUGCCAAGAUGCUGCGCAGCAAGCCGGCCGUGGCGGCUCUAGGGGACCUGACGGAGCUGCCGUCCUACGAGCACAUCCAGGCCGCUCUGUCCAGCAAAGACGGACGCUUACCGCGCACCUACCGCCUCUUCCAAUAA